AUGCGGCGACGGGUGGGCGGCGUCGGAGCCAUCCAGAAACAACAGCUGACGCAGGCGAGGUUCAAAGACAAGGGCUCUGAACUGGCCGAAGAACAGCUGCAGCAGAUGACACGGCAGAUGGACGCCUUCCGGACCAAGUUGCAGGCCUUCGCGUCCAAGCACAAGAACGAGAUCCGCAAGAACCCGCACUUCCGACGCCAGUUCCAGGAGAUGUGCGCCACAGCGGGCGUCGACCCGCUCGCGUCCAGCAAGGGCUUCUGGGCAGACAUGCUGGGCGUGGGAGACUUCUACUACGAGCUCGGCGUCCAGGUGGUCGAGGUGUGCCUGGCCACGAGUCACCGCAACGGCGGCCUCAUGAGCCUCGAGGAGCUCCGGGACCGGGUGGCCCGGUCCCGCGGCAGUCUGGCGCGCCAGGAGGAAAUCAGCCAGGACGACCUGCUCCGGGCCAUCGAGAAGCUCGGCACGCUAGGCAAAGGCUUCCGCCUCAUCGCCGUCGGCGCCCGCUACCUGGUCCAGUCGGUGCCCACGGAGUUGAGCCUGGACCACACGACGCUCAUCAGACAGGCCAGCGCGACUGGCUACGCGUCCCUGGGCUCUCUGGUCAGGGACCUGUCUUGGGACGAGGACAGGGCCAGGAAGGCCCUCGAGGACCUACUCAAGGAGGGCUUGGUGUGGAUCGACACCCAAGCGCCCGGCGAAUACCUCUACUGGUUUCCGGGACUGCUCAGGCAGUCGUAGACAGUGGUGCGCGUUUGCUCCGACAACUUUUGUAUGCAAUAAAUGAAUGUGUAGUACGA